UAACGAAAAUUUUAAAGCUUACCAUUUCACCUGAGUCAGCAAUGCAUUCUCUUAUCUCCUUUUUUGAUUUUAGGGGCACCAAGCCAAUGAUUAGGGGAGGAAAUAUUACAGAGAUCACCUAUUUCGUCCUUUUGGGAUUCUCAGAUUUUCCCAGAAUCACAGUAGUACUCUUUGUUGUAUUCCUGGUGAUCUACAUUAUGACGCUGACUUGGAACCUGUCCCUCAUCAUUUUAAUAAGAAUAGAUUCCCAUCUCCACACACCCAUGUACUUCUUCCUCAGUCAUCUGUCCUUCAUAGAUAUCUGCUAUGUGACCUCCACAGCACCCAAGAUGCUCUACGACUUCUUCCAGGAGCAGAAAAUUAUCACCUUCGUGGGUUGUGUUGUUCAAUACUUUGUAUUUUCAACCAUGGGACUGAGUGAGUCUUGUCUCAUGACAGCCAUGGCUUAUGACCGAUAUGCUGCCAUUUGUAAUCCACUUCUCUAUUCAUCAGUCAUAUCACCCACUCUCUGUGUUCAGAUGGUGCUGGGAUCCUAUAUGGCUGGACUCUCUGCUUCCAUAUCCCAAUUGUGUGCCAUGCUUCAGCUCCACUUCUGUGGGCCUAAUGUCAUCAACCACUUCUUCUGUGACAUGCCCCAGCUGUUAGUCCUGUCCUGCACUGACACUUUCUCUUUACAGCUCUUGACUGCUAUAUUAACAAUGCUCUUUGGGAUAAUAAAUGUCCUAGUUAUCAUGAUAUCCUAUGUCUACAUUGUCAUCUCCAUCAUGAAGAUCACUUCAGCAAAAGGCAGGUCCAAGGCUUUCAACACUUGUGCUUCUCACCUGAUAGCAGUUUCCCUCUUCUAUACCUCAAGCAUAUUUGUCUAUUUGAGUUCAAGCACUGGUGGUUCCUCCAGCUUUGAUAGAUUUGCAUCGGUCUUCUACACUGUGGUGAUUCCCAUGUUAAACCCUUUGAUAUACAGUCUGAGGAACAAAGAAAUCAAAGAUGCCUUGAAGAGGUUGCAAAAGAAGAGAGGGUAUUGUUGAGGUCACA